GCGACGAUGAUAACAAGAUCGUUGAUCGCAGCCAAUCUUAACGGUUACGUAACACGAAAAACGACGACGCCGUCGAGUUGACCAGACGUGGCGAGUCGACGGCGGUGGACCGAUAACAAUACGAGAUCGAUAGAGACCGUCUCAGCUGACGACCGACAGUUUCACGUGCCACCGGCCGCGGUAUUUUUGUUCCUCCGUCCUGUAUCUACCACCUAUAAUGACCAUAAAUCUGGACAUCGUGCUGAAGCGGACGAACAAAGUCUACCAUGAAGGCGACACGAUAUCGGGCGUGAUAACAAUCGAGACGCCGAUGGACGCCAAACACGAAGGCAUCACAAUGACCAUAGAGGGUGCGGUCGACCUGCAAAUCAGCAACCAGAACGUCGGCGCCUUUGACGCUUUCUACAAUUCCAUCAAGCCUGUGCAAUUAAUGAUGUGCACGUUAGAUGUAGCCCGUCCUGGCCGAUUCACCAGCGGAAUCACUGAAAUACCAUUUGAAGCACCAGUCGAACCGCUUUUCAACAAAACAUUAUAUGAGUCCUACCAUGGUGUUUUCAUCAAUAUUCAGUAUCUUUUAAAGGCUGUAAUUAAAAGGAAUUUUCUGAACAAAGACAUACAUAAGACACUGGAGUUUGUGGUUGAGAAUAGACCAAGUUUAGAUACAUUGGUUACUAAGGUCGACAACUUUGUGAUAAAUCAAAAUACUUUAGCUAACAUCAAUGAUAUUUCGGACAUACCAAAGUUUCUAAUUUUAGGAACAAUUGACUCAGUCAUCUGCUCAAUUACUCAGCCAUUUACUGGAGAAUUGAAAAUUGAACACUCUGAUGUCCCUAUUAAGUCGAUAGAUAUUCAAUUAGUACGUGUGGAGACUUGUGGAUGUGCUGAAGGUUUUUCAAAAGAUGCUACUGAAAUCCAAAAUAUUCAAAUAGCCGAAGGAAAUGUAUCAACCGGUAUCUCAAUUCCAAUCUACAUGAUUUUUCCAAGACUAUUUUCCUGUUCCACAACCAAAACAACAAAUUUCAAAAUUGAAUUUGAAGUUAAUGUAUCUGUUAUUUUCAUCAAUGAUCACUUGGUGACAGAAAAUUUUCCAAUAACUGUCUAUAGAUAAAAUAUAGCAAGAAAAAAAAAUUUUAUAAUCAAUUUGUAAUAAAAGUAACUUAAUAAUGUUA